AUGGCUGAUGAUGAGAUCUUUAUCCCAUUGGCUGAGCCUGAUCCCCAGCCAGAACCUUUACCAAUUCAACCACAAAAACCCGAAGAACCUGAAAAAACGGACCUGGAGAACCCAGAACCUGCACAGCCUGAACAGCCAGAACGACCCGUCACCCCUGAGCCUCAACAACCAGAGCCUUACCCGGAACCUCAACCCGAACCUCAACUCCCCGAUUACCCUGAGCCUGAGCCUGCCCCAGUUGAGCCAGUACACCCGAAACAACCAGAACCCGAGCCCCAACCAGCUCCAACACAACCGGAGGAACCGCAGGAGCCGCAUCGAGAAACGUAUCCCGAACCGGCUCCUCAACCAGAUCCAGAACCGAGACAACCGAGGGAAGCUGAUCAUCAACAGCAUCAACAUAAAUUGAAUGUGAUUCGAAAUCAUGAAGGCGACUUCGAGUUCACCUCGACAACCACUUCAAUUCAGACAUGGCAUGAUUGGAAUAGAGAUCUCUGGGCAAAAAUCGUCUAUUUGAUCGCCGAGGGGAGGGAAUCGUCGAUUUUCCAAAAAAUCGCUGUCGGAGAGGCGAAUCCGGCUGCCGGGAAUCCACAAUUUCACGAUUUCACAGAUGGCGCUGAUCAUUUUGUUGUGUCUGAUGUGAGGAAAUGGGCUGAAGGAGAGUUGCAUCAAUUCCUCAAUGAAAAUUUCAAUGCUUUUGAGAGAGGGGAUCUUUGGAUCGGGUUUUCGAGGGAAAAUGCUUCAGUAAAUCCAUCAAAUAUCUUCUCCGAUGUUUUCUCGAGAAUUUUGCGUGGUGAGCAAAUUGGUGAUGGACACGAUGUGGAAUGUGUGGGGAAAGUGGGGAAUGGAGAGAAAUUGCUUUGGCAUAAAGUUCAUCCAAAUGAGUGGGGCGCUGUCGAGUCAAAAGUGGCGAAUUUGUCGAAAGCGCUCACCAUGGAUUUCUUAAUCAAUGGAUAUUUGAGACCA